AUGUUUGAUAAGAUAUUGUGUCCGACCUCCCAGCAACAAACCUUCCAGAACAACUUGACCAAAGCUGGAAAACUUGCUAUUGACAGAGGAUGGGCGAUCAAUGUUGGUGGUGGCUUUCAUCAUUGCUCAAGUGAACAAGGAGGGGGCUUUUGUGCUUAUGCUGACAUAACUUUGGCAAUUAAGUUUCUGUUUGAGAGAGUGGAAGGAGUGUCUAAGGCUAUGAUCAUCGAUUUGGAUGCACAUCAGGGGAAUGGACAUGAGCGAGAUUUUAUGGAUGACAACAGAGUCUAUAUUAUGGAUGUUUUUAAUAGAUACAUCUACCCAGGCGAUGGAUUUGCAAAGCGAGCUAUCACGUGGAAAAUUGAGCUGGACUGGGACACCGAGGAUUCGGAGUAUCUGCAAAAAGUGGAAACACAGAUGUCAAAAGCACUACAGGAAGUCACUCCAGACAUCAUUGUGUACAAUGCAGGCACUGACAUCUUAGAUGGUGAUCAACUAGGAGGAUUGGCUAUUUCACCACAGGGAAUCAUUAAAAGAGAUCAAGCAGUUUUUCAGGCAGCCCGCAAGCGUAAGAUACCCAUUCUAAUGGUGACAUCUGGAGGCUACCAAAGGUCUACGGCCCGGAUCAUAGCUGAUUCUAUUCUUAACUUGCACCAAUUGCAACUAAUAGACCAAAAGGUGCUUUAGGUGGAAUGGAUGACUCUUAACACAGCUUUUCUAAUACAGAAAUCUGUAUUAGUUGUAACAUCGCUGCUAUCAAUGCAAAGAACUUCCAUUAGUUUGGAGAAAAAUCUAAUUUAAAUACUAAAGUAACAAUGUUCUAUAAUCUGACUAAAAGUUAUAAAUAUAGAUUGGAUAAAGAAAUGAGCAGGUUUACAACACUAUUUAAAUCUUAAAGGAACAUUCCUCUCUGGUGCAAUAAAUAACUGAUUUUUAAAAUUAAUAUAUAUUUACUUGGCUGUUAGAAGAAUCUAAAGAAGUAUAAAGUUUGAAAUAAAACACUUAGGUCAGUACACCCUGAUUCUUGAAUAAUUUACAUGAUAGUAUUUGUACAAUGGAGAAUCAGAGUGGUGUGAAGUAUCAGUCACUAUUCUCAACAUAUUCCAAAAAUAUGUUAAGAUGAAAUAGGUUAACAGAAUGUAAUUCAGAUUUGUUUUGUCAUAAACAUUGUAGCAAUUGUAAGAGAAAAUGAUUAACUGUAGAAAUAUCUUGUAAAAUUGGAUCAAAUUAAUAUAAAAAGCUAUGUUAUUGCCCAGCAAACCAUUUGUAAAGGAAUGUGCCUUUAAAUACAAGGUGUCUAGUUUUCAAUUUUCAAUUUCUAGCUGAAAACGCUCUUGUGUUCUUGUAUGAUGGCAUUAUCCAUAAUAAGUAUUGUUCUAUUAUGGCCUGCAGAAAGUAUUUUGUACUGUAGAUUAGCAUGAAACUUAAAUAACUAAAUGCACCAUUCACAUUCUUAAAGUAAUUUAAACAUUAUUAGAACAUGACAAUUACUUUUUCACCUUUCUUCUUUUAUCCGAUGCCAGUGGCAUAAUUUAUGUUUGGGUGAUGAAGUACAUUCCAGUGCGCAGUAGGUCACACUGAUUUUUAUUUGGAGAAAAUCAAAUUUUCCCUGCAUUCCUGAUCCUGUCCAUUUUUUUUCUCCCUCAAAUGUUUGGACAUCUAGAAUGCUUAGUUUGUAAACCCCACCCUCACUUCUUUGAGCUCAGGUUCCCCAUUUUAGACAAGGAUGAAAUUUAAUUCCCUUCCUUUUACCAGUUUUAUCUGGUAGUGAGGGAUUUUGGAAGUCCGCUAAAAGUAUGCUAGUUUUUGACUGUGUGUGAAGAGAAUGGAAAAUCUUAAAGGUUUUGAGAAUGGUCUCAAAGAGAAGUGUGAAAUGUUUGAAUACCUUCAAAUGUUACUGUAAGUUUUGUAUUGAAAUGUAAAUAUGUUUUUAAUGCAGUGAUUCAGCAUAUGAGACUGACUGGCAAAAGUAAGUUGAUCCUUAAAUGACCAACAUUAUGCAGUUGUUCGCGUGCAUUACAGUACUUUUCUAAUAGACAAAGUACCAUAAUGUAUUAAAAAUAAUGUAAACCAAAACAUUUUUGGUGUUCUAAUUUAGUUGAACCGGUAGAUUUGCCUUUAAACAAAGAUUCCUUUUAAAGCUAAAAAAGAAAUCUAUGCCUGCAACCCCCCGCCGAGGUUGAUGUUCCUCUGCCUUGAAAUGAGAAUUGAUAAUAGUUCUGUCAGUGGGCUGGAGGCUUUUGUUAUUAGAGCUGUUCAUUAUUAAUACUUGGUUGGAUUUCAUCAACUCCAGUUCAGGAGGAGGCAUAUUAAUGCAAGAAGUAUUGAAACUUUUCUGAACCUUUAAGAACAGAGUUUGACUUUGAUGUGGUUUCCUGUUUGUUUACAAAAUGUAAUAGGCACUUAGUACUUUUCCCUUGGGAUUAUGGUCUGGUAUCAAUGUACUGAAUUUGCUUUCACUGAUUUCCAAUUAGUUUAAAAUAUUUCUCAUGGCUGUUGUAUAGCUUCUAAGAACUGUAAAGUGUAUAAAAGUGGGUGCUCAUAGAUAAUAGGUAGGGGCAGAGCAUAGAGAUGACAUAAAACUGGCAUGAACAACAUGAGAUGGAAUGGCUACAUAAAGAUGGUAUAGGAAGAUCUGAGAGGGAUGGGUUGGUAUCAAGGAAUGUGUCGUAUGCGUUGGUGUGGAGCAUGAAGUUUAUGGGUCCUUUUAAGUAAUAUUGAGAACUGGGCUGUUUUGAUGGCGAAUCAAGGUGGACCUUCUGAACUACCCAUCAUCAUACCCAUGCACUCCAUUGUAAGUUGCAAGUUGCAGUGAAAAUCUUGAUCCCUUUUGGAAAAUCUCACAUGGGUUGGUUGUGUAUGUUGCAAGCCAAGAAAGUGCGUGGGUUGGGUUUUCCCAAACCCGGCCAAAAAUUCAGCCCUAUAUCAUUUUAUUGAAAGUGAAGACCUUGCAUUUUAUUGCUAAAUGAUCUAAAACCUGUGGUUUGUCACAAUCUGCUUUGUGAAGUUGAUCUUAUCGAAAUCUAUUACUAACAAUAUGAAAAGCUGCAAAGAAAAAUUGCAAAAUGAAACCGUGAGCAGUUGGAAAUGCAUAACCAAUCUGGUAUCAGUAGUCUUAUGGUGAAAAGUAAAAUCUGCCUUUCAGGAUGUACAAAGUUAUGCUUAAACUGCGCAGUGCUGUGGUAUGACCACAUUUUGCACUCACUUCGGUCACCAGAACAAAAGUACCUGGAGAUGCUAGAUAGAAUGGUCAGAAAACAAAUAUACAACUGAGUUAUGAGGAGGUUUGGCAAAAUUUUGAGAUUUGGGUGAUUGUCCCAUUUCAAUGUGGAGACAUCUAAAACAGUGAGUGAAAUUAAUCAAAUCAAUUUUAACUCAAACUUCAAAACAAUGGGAUAAGGAAAGGUAUGUUCUAAUAAAGGGAAAAUUUGGUUUAGAAAAAGGAUCUGCAUCUUUACAAAGAUUUUUAUGGCCUCAGGACACAUGUUGAAAUUUAUAAAAUGGUUUGGACUGAUGUCAGGAGGCUCUUUACAUACAGUGGUCAACAUGUUGAUUAGAUUCCUUGGUUACACAUUGGAGGAAACAAAGGCUAAAAGAAUUUUAUGAAUGUUGGAAUGCUGUGAUGGUGAGAUGGCAGGGUGUUGGGGUAAGACUGGGGUAAUAGAUGUCCCAGGAUUUGCUAAGUGUUGAGGCCAAUUCAUUAGCUAUCUAAUCUUGUUUAAAGAAGCAAGAUGUAAAAUUGUAAUAUAGUUGCAGAUUUCUGACUUUAUCCUGUUAAUGAGGAACCUCAGAUGUUAAUAUUCAGAGUGGAAAUUCAGGCACAAACUGUAGAUGAAAAGAUUUCAGUUAAGCUUUGCAAAUAUUUUGAAAAUUUCAGUUGUCCACUGCAAUAGCACCACCACUUGCAAAUUCCUUUCCAAGUCUUGCACCAUCCUGACCUCCAACCACAUCAUUGUACCUUCAUAGUUGCUGGGUCAAAGUCCUGGAACACCCUCCCUAAUAACACUGUGGAUGAAUCUACCCCGCAUGGAUUGCAGCAGUUUAAGAAAGUAGCUCACCACCACCUUAUCCAUGGAAUUUAGAUAUGGGCGAUAAAUGUUAGUGAUGCUGACAUUCUGAGAACGAAUUCAUUUAAAAAGCUUGAUACCUGCAUCGGAGUGCUGACUGACUUCCACAGUUCAACUCCUAUCACAGUGAAAAUAAUUUGUUUUAGUGCAGUCAUCUGAGUGUGGAAGGAAACUAGAUGAUCACUUUUACACUACUGAGAAAAUGCUUCCGAUGCAUUUAAGGAGAAGUUAGCUCCUGAGGAAGAAAAUGAUAGGACAUGUUGAUCGGCUGUGAUUAAGCAAAUAGCAUAGGAAGAGGCUCCUUUUUAGGGUAAGCACCAAAUGAAUGGCACAUCUGUGCUGGAAAUUCAGAAUAAUGAUUUAAUGAUGUGGCUUUGACCAAGGGUGAAUAUAGCAUAAUUUAAUGAGGAGAACCAUAUGUGCAUCACUUGUUGAUUUGAAAAGAUCAUUAAAAAAGGACAAAGAUGAGUUUUUGGUAAUUUUUAAAAAAUUUAUUUCUAAUAAAUGUGGUCUCAAUUUCGUUAGCUUAAUAUCCAUUAUAAUGCUAGCCAAGUUGAUUGAAAACCGUUUGAAGAAUAUUGAAUUCUAAUGAAAAUAAACCCAUAUCAUUAUAUUCGUCUUCAAAAAUAAACUUUUAAUGAAGAGAGAUGCUAAAUAGAAAUAUAUAUUUGAUUUAUUAUUGAGAUUGCAGUAAUUAAAGUUAUACAAGUUGCAGAUGUAAUUCUGUUAUAUGAAGAUGUUAUCAAUUGAACAGUGGCCUGGAUUUUGUGGUUGCAAUGACAGCAAAACUGUCAAUGUUUGCAAUCAUUAUAAUCAUAAAACUGACAGAAACCUUUAGAGUCUGCAUAUGCACAGGUAAAUGCAGGAAUUUGAAGCUGCUGCCAGUGACUGGUAUGCUGUUGAAUUCCUCACAGAUGGAAAUAAUCAAAAAACAGUGAAUUGGUACAAAUUUCCUCUUAACAUGCCAUGUUGAAUGAAAUAUAACUGAGUUUUUAAACAAUAUACUAAAUCAUAAUUAUUGCUGAACAACUUUCUGGCCCUGAAAGCUUAAAUUUAUAUGUGUGGAAUGUCAAAUUUCUCCAUUCCAUCUUAAAAAUCCAGAGUCCUUUUAAAAUAAACAAAUGCAUAAAAAUACUUCUUUUGGUAUUUCAUCAACUCCCUUUAAUCCCAUGCAUGGCUUCAAAUCUUAACUUUUCUCUCUGUACAGUUACAAAAACUACUUGAUAAAACCUACUUGUUACUUCCUGGUUUGAUGUCCAUGAGAAUUCUUCAGUAUGACUGGCUGUAUAGUCUGCUUCGUACCAGAGACACUUGUGAUUUGACACUAGAGUGAAACUAAUGGUAGAAGUGAAAAUCUAGUGAAAGUGGAAUCUAGUCCACAGAGCUCAUGGGGUCUCGGGAGGCAGUUUUCUUCAAUGUCAAUAGCAAGGUGACCAUGAAACCCUGGCCAAUAUGUUUAAUUUUGCAUGUUCUGCUUAAACUUUAUUAUUGUUGACUAAUAAUUUCUGAAUGUAUUUUUGUACUGCAAAAAAGUCAGCAAUUCAACAUUAAAAUUGAGACAAAUGAUACUGUGUUGCAAUAUUGUUUUUAGUAUUAUUAAUUGCAUUCUGUUAAAUAGGAUUUUAAAGAUUUGCUUCCCUGUUGAUUACUUUGUAAAUUAAUGAAAUUAUGUUAUUAUGAAUAUUGUUCCAUUUAUUAUGGGCUAGUUUAUUUUUAUGGUAAAUUUAACCUUUUAGUAGCUGUAUUUGUUUACAGUUGUCCACUUGAUGAGUGUCAAGUUUAGUUAUGUGCAAUUUAACUCUAUCUUGCACAACACAUCAGUUCUGAUAGCUGGUGUUGUAUCUAGUUUGCAAAAAUCACUUGUCCUAAUGAAAUACACUAAUCAACAAA